GUUCACGUUUCCAGCUCUUCGCGCGUGUCAGAUCACUGUAGCCAAUAUGCACUAAGUGACAGUAAAGAUCCUGCUUUUAGAGGUACCUGCACUCAAGAUCAUGACCUGAUAUGCAAUCGCUGUGAAGACCUUAAAGCUGUUCUGUCCGACACCCAAAAGUCAAUUCAGGAAUCCUGCUUCGAGUGCCAGUAUGAUAAGGAGGAUGCUCUUCACAGAUUUCAAGAAGCAACUCGAGCAAUUCAGCUCUGGAAGUCACACCAGCUCAGAUUUGUUAAUCAGGAUAAUGCCCGUAUAGACGUCAUUGAAUGCCUCGAUGACAGCAAAGUGCUUCUUGUACAAGACUGGGCUAUGAAAUUUCUCCCUCGUCAGUACCGAGAAUCCCAAGGAGAAUGGUUUGCGAAAAAAGGGAUCUCCUGGCACAUCACUGUAGCGAUCAGAAAGAAAGAGAGUGAACUUGAAACACAGGCGUUCGUGCAUGUAGUUGAGAAGUGUAUCCAGGAUAGCCCUUGUGUUGUCCAGUUAAUGGAACAUGUUCUUUCUACUCUCAAGAGGGAACACCCUGAGAUCAAAAGCGCCUUUUAUCGCCAAGACAAUGCAGGCUGCUACCAUGCAGCCAACACCAUCCUUGCCUGUAAAGACAUCAGCCAGCGAUCGGGAAUCUUCAUUCAACAAUUAGACUUCUCCGAUCCUCAGGGAGGAAAGGGCGCUUGUUACCGUUUUGCAGCAACAAUGAAAAACCAUGUACGCUCUUUUGUUAACGAAGGUAACGACGUCCUUACAGCAGAGCAGUUUCUUUCUGCACUUACCUCACGAGGUGGAGUGUCUGGAGCCCGAGUGUCUCUGGUAGAAGGCAACAGUUCUAGUAAAACCAAUGUAAAGUGGCCAGGAAUCAGCAAGCUGAACAAUUUUGAGUUUAGCAGUGAUGGAGUGAGGGUAUGGCGAGCUUAUCAAGUUGGCGAAGGAAAGUUUUUCCCUUGGUCAGAAUUUGAAGGUACUUUUUAUCCUCUCUAUCUAUCUCUCUCACUAACUCUCCCUCUCCCCUACUGUUACUCUCCUCCACCCCCUCCCCCCCCAAAAAAGACUUUGCUUCAAUCGUUUGAAAAUUGGUUUUUGGCUUUUUUUAUUGCAGUGGGCACUGUUUGAUAUUAACUAUUUUAUGCUUCAGGAACGGAAUAUCCUAUCAGUUCAAUGACGAAUGCCACGUUUUCAAAUGGAGACUUUCGCCCCAUAAAAACCCGAAAAAAGAAACACGAAGUUCAGCAGGAGACGUUAGCCGACGUCGACAGUGAAGAAGAAGAAGAGGAGACUGAGGGGACCGCCUGUGGGAGAUUGUUUUCUUGUCCAAACGAAGGGUGCGUUCUUGUCUAUACCCGUUACGGAUCUAUGGUCAAUCAUGUUACCUACGGAAAAUGCGACUUCAGAGAAGAAAGAGAAUCUGUGAUGGACACUGCAAAGGUCUUGUACAGUAAAAAGCUUUGGGUCAGUGAUGGUCGUAUUUCAGCUACAGCAAACGUCCAUUGCAAUCAAGCAACAUCAAGCGGUUUACACCAGAACGAAGAAGAAGGCUGGGCACUGAAAUCGUUCACGAAAAACAAACCUUUCAGUGACAAACAGAAAAAAUUCCUAGAAGAAAAGUUCAUGGUUGGCGAAACGACGGGAAGAAAGUUGGACCCUGUAACUGUAGCCAGAGAAAUGAAAACUGCUCGCCAAGAUGGUAACGGAGAGAGACUUUUUUCUUCUUCAGAAGUAUUGACCGCGACCCAGAUUCAAAGUUUUUUCUCUAGAAGGGCAAGAUGUGGGAGAUUUUCCGAAAAUGACCCAGAAAAUCAGGAAGCUGUCCAAGUGGAAGAAGAACUUGAAGACUUUCGGAGAGAUGUAAUAGAGCAAGUGCAACCCAGACAUCCAAUCAUGUAUGAUGUCCACAACUUGUGUGAUCUUGUAGCUUCAGGGAAACUAAAGAAACUCACAUUACCGAAGCUGAAGGAAAUCUGUAGCGCUUUUGAGCUGAAUCUUCCUGAGGAACGGAAGAAAGCCCCUUUUGUAGAUGCUUUGACCAAAUUAGUUAAGAAUUGCUCGUGUUGGUCCUCUUGA